UUUGGAAGAGAAACAGUUUUGUUUAUAUGAAGUGUUUCUUUUCCAAAGUGAUUACAAUGAUUACGAAUAUGAGAAAACAAUUAAUCCUCUUUCACAAUCUCUUUACCUGUGAUAUGUUCAAGUGAUUCCUGAUGAUUAAGAAGAUAACAAGUUUUACUGUUUACUCGUAUUUCUUUUAUUCUCUUUCUUUCAUUUUCUCUUUCUCUUCUUUCUCUCUCUCAUAUUUUAUUCUCUUCUUCUUCUUUGGGACACACCUUGUUGGUUCAAGUUACAGGGUUUAAGGAAUGUUUUUAUUUCUGGACCUGUGGGUGGUUCCACUGUGCGUAGUACCUGUUAACCCACCACCAGGUAGAAAAGGCAAUGUUACGGGAGGAAUUUUCUUGUCCUGUUGAUUGUGUAUGUUUACCUUAUUACUAUUAACUAAUUAUGCUACGUUUUAAAUUGUUACUGUUUUACCUUUCGCUGUUUUUAUACUUUAACCCAUUGGAUGCCUUUGACAUUAGUUAUUCACCUUCACCAUCUUCAUCUUUAUCUUCAUCUUCAUCGUCCAUAUUUCAUUCAACUUCUACUUCAACUGCCAAGUUCAACGGUGGAAUUGUUAACUCACAAUUAACUUUAAAACUUUCUACCAGUCCAUAUAUAAUUAGUGAGAAUAUUUUAAUUGAAUCAAAUGGUGACCUUAUAAUUGAACCUGGGGUUGAAUUAAAGUUUAAUGGUCGUAAAAGUGUUACCGUUUAUGGUUCAAUUCAAGCUAAAGGAACAGAAGAUCAAAAGAUUAUCUUCACAAGGAAUGAAAAACAUUCAGAUUAUUCUUACUCAUCUUAUCAAGCACAUAAUUCAUCAUCUGUGAUCUCAUCUUUAAGUUCAGUUGCCUGGCCUGAUGUUAGACUGGUUGAUGGUGAUUUACCCUCUGAGGGAAGGGUUCAGAUUAAAUAUGCUGGUAAUUGGCAUAGUGUUUGUACAAAUUCAAAAAAUUGGACUCUAACUGAUAUUCAGGUUGUUUGUCGAGAGUUAGGAUUCAAUGGUGGACAUUGGUAUUCAUGGUUACCAAGACACAAUGAUUCUCGUCAGUUAAUGUUUGAAUAUCCUGGUUGUCAAGGGUCAGAAAAUAGUUUACUUGAUUGUCCAAAUUGGUUGAAAGGACGUCGAGUGGGAAGUGGAAUCUGUGAUUAUCAUUCUGAUAUCGGUAUUAAAUGUAAUCGACAAUUAUACAGUUCAUCAUCAUCAUCAUCUCCACUGAUAUCAACUUAUUGGUCUGGAUUAAGGUUCAUUCAUUCAUCGUCACGGUCCAUUUUAUUUUUCAAUGAUCGGGUUCAUCGGAAAGUUUCACGGUCCAACCUGGAAAAUGUGAUCAUCACUUAUGCUGGUGAAGAUAUUGAUGGUGAACCGGUUCCUGCAAUCUAUUCAGUUGGUGUUCCUCCUCAAUUAAAUCGGGUUGAAGUGAAAUGGUCAGCAGCCACUGGACUUAAUAUCUCUGAUCCAAUUGAUGGUAUCACAAUUGAAGAUUCUUCAUUCUCUGAUAAUCGAGGUUAUGGUAUUUUCAUUAACAGUUCAUUUGGAAGUGUUACUCUUAAAGGGUUGAGAGUUCGCAAUAAUGGAGCUGAUGGAAUCCGUUAUAUUACCCAUGAAUCUAUUGGUGAUGGACAAUCAUUUUCAGAGUCAACCCAAUUAGAUGGAUCUCAAGUUUAUCCUUUAAUUUUAACUCAUGGACAGACCAAAGAAUCACGAGCCGAGAAUCCAUCUUGUCGUGAUUUUGAGAUUCCUGGUAAUUUAAAAUCACAAGGGAUACAAUUAACUGCUCAUUUUCCGUACCUGAUGAGUGAAUCUUAUUGGGGUGAAGCAAGAGAAAGUCAUUUAAGUCGAGAUGGUUAUAUUGAAGUUGUCGAAGGUUAUUCUCGAACAGUUCUUGCCCGAUUUCAAGUUCGUAAUUCAACACGUCCACCAAGUUUCACCUCGAGAGAGGGUAAAUUACGGAUCUGUUAUCAACCCGCCAUUUUGAGACGGUUAACAUUCAACAUGAUUGUUGUCGCUGAUAUGGGAAGAGCCUAUGAUUUAAAUGUAACCGAUUGUGAUAUUCAGGGUAACAAUGGUCGAGGUAUUUGGGUUGAAAAUCAGCGAGCAGGAACAAUUGUAAAUCGAACACGAAUUUCAGGUCAUGAUCAUGUAGCCGGAAUUCAUGUUGCCUCUGGAACUGGUGAUGUGAUUGUUAAUCAAACAACUAUCGUCGAUAAUGUUGGUGAUGGUGUUAAUGUUACAAUCGCCGGUGGUUAUAAACACAUUGAUCGAUCAACAAUCUCCCGUAAUACCCACCGAGGAUUAGCAUUUUGGUUCAAUGAAUCUUCACAUUAUUUAUCUGUUCCAAAUGAAAAUCAUAUCAGUUAUUCAGUAAUUUCAGACAAUCUUGAAGGAGGACUAUUAAUCGGAAAUGUUUGUCUCUCUGAAUCCAUUUGGAAUAUUUCAAUGAACUCAUUUGACUCUAAUUUUGAUGAUGCAAUUGUUUACCAGUCUUGUUGGAAUCCCGAUUAUGCAAAGAGAAGUGAAAUUUCAAUUACCAACAAUCGAUUCACUCGAGGAUCCAGAUUAGCAAUUAACAUCGCUCCCGCUUUCCAUUUUAGAGAAAGUCUCAUUGCUCAUAAUUACUUUGAAGGGCAUGGAAAGGGUGUAAUUUAUGUGAACAAUUGGAAUUAUGUGUAUGACGAUCAUCGUUAUCGUGAGGUUGAAACUAUUCUUGACAUUCGUGAGAAUCAUUUUAUCCGUAAUCGUGGUCCAUUUGUGGUGAAUCUUGGUCUUCAAGAAUCAAAUGAGAGGCAGCGAUUAACUUUCGAGAGAAACAUUUUAAAAGAAAAUGUUAUUCGUGAAAUGUUUGAUAAACUUAAUCCUCGAUCUCGAGUAGCUGCUGUGGUAACAAUAUCUUCAAGUAAUUGUAAAGUUAAUCUCAACAAUCUAGUUAAUCCCGAGUCAACUUACGAGAUUGGAUCUCACCUUGAACAUCACGCCAAAGUUAUCGAUGCAACAAGAAACUAUUUCGGUCAAAUGAGAGGCGAAUAUCCAUCAAGACAAAUUUACAAGCGUAUUUUUGAUCGUAAAAACCGUUACAACAUGGCCUUGAUUAAAUUCCUUCGAUAUCGAACAUCGGAGAAUAUUUUUGACAAUGAAGACUAUUUAUCUUCAGAUAAAGAGAAAGAGAUUGACAAGUACAGUCCAUUUAUCGAGGGUAAUAUUAUUGGUGGUGAAAUGGCCGCUGAAAUUUUACAACUUGAACCUAAAACAUAUCGAGUUUCUGAAGAUAUUUUAGUUAAACCGGGAUCACGAUUGAUUAUCAGUGAAAAUACAGUUUUAUCAUUUGACCAAUCGAUCGGUAUGAUGAUUCAAGGUCACGUUGAGUUUAAGUGUUCACCUUCCAAUCGAAUCAGAUUCACCUCAUCGGGUACUUUUGGUUCAUCAAUACAAUCAACACUCACACCAAGUAGCACCUCUAGUGUUUGGAGAGGUCCACCAAGUCCAAGUAAAGCCAAUUCAACACUUAUCAUCUCAUCGACUUUUGACAAACCCGCCGCCGAUAAUGAUAAGCUAAAGGUCAACAAUUCUCGAUCAUCUCGAGCUACUUAUGAUUCGGGUCACUCGUCUGGGCGAGUUAGACUGUCUAAAGGUGAUUCUGGACUAUUAGAAGUACAAAUGGACAAUGGAAAGUGGGGAACAGUUUGUUCUUAUGGUUUCGAUAUUAUCGAUGCUUCGGUUGUUUGUCAACAACUUGGAUUAGUUGUCAAUUCUCGUGAUUGGCUUUUGGAGAAAAAUCAAUUCACCUCGUCAUCUUCAUCGUCAUCAUCAUCAUCUUCUUCUUUGAAUACUUUGGACUCUUCGGUGGUUCUAAGUAAUAUUCAAUGUACACCUUUCGACAAUGAUAUUCUUCGUUGCAAGUCUGAGAAUCGAACUCGUGGUGAUUUCGAUAAUUCGUGCCUUUCCGAAGUUGGAAUUAAAUGUUAUCAACCUUCAUGGUCUGGAGUUCGAUUUGGUAUGUCUGCCAGUCAAACGGAAAUUCAACAUAUCGAAAUUGAAAAAGCGGGUCUAUUUGAUUAUGCUUCCAAUUCCUUCAAACCGGCUUUACAAAUUGACUUCAAUCGUCAUCGAUUAUUCAACAUUAAAAUCGUUGAAAGUUCUGAUGCCGGAAUUGGUAUAAUGUGGAAUGACUUUUCUAACAUUCGAGAAAAUCUAGAAAUAUCUAACAUUGAUAUUCAACGAAAUGCUUUCCAUGGGAUAAUCUCUCAUUCUCAAGGAUUAGUUUUAUUUGAAUCUCGAAUUCAAGAAAACGCUGGAAGUGCUUAUCAUUAUGAACCAAUGGUCAACAAAUGGGAACAAAUGGACCUUAAAUCUUGGAUUGUUCCUCGUGAUCCAAGGUCAAUUAAAACACUACCCGAAGAUGGUACCAGUGUGUCUCUUGAUCCGUCAAUGCCUGAAGGUAUGUAUGUUAAGAUCACCUCGAAACCGGCAAGUUUGUCCAAAUUUACCUUCACUGUGAAAACCCGUGAAACUUAUGCAAUCGGAAUUAUGGUGCUAAAUCCAAUCUUCGAAGGAUUUACCGAUCGACUAAUAAUGUACAACAAAAACAAUUACCGAGCACCUCGUUACGAUUUAAAGGCCAACCUUUCAUCAUUCCCCUUUUGGAUUUACUCGUUUGAGGUCAACUUUGACUAUGACGCCGGGCAUACACCUAAAGGUGAUAUAAUCCUUUACUUUGUUACCAAAAAGAUCACCUUUGAAGGUCACCUAUUAGAAUUGGAUAUUCCAGCUCAGCAAGAGGAAAAAAAUCGUAAAAUAAAAACAACAAUCAUCAAGAAGAAUCAAAUUAAAGGUAAUCGUCAUGGAUUCUCAGCAAGUCAUUAUAAUCGUAACAUUGGUACAAAUGGUGACUUUUUCUAUCGACACUCCAACGAAACAUUUAUCUUUGAUUCAAACUUUUUCAUGGAAAAUACUAAAGAAUCAAUUAUGAUUAAUGCUCCUCUUUACGAUCCUGGUUUAAGUGCACUUGCUGAAAUUAAUUACACACUAAUUAAUAAUGCUUUUAGAGGAAAUGCCCGAGGUAUUUAUCAAGAGAGUCGAAAUUAUCGAGGUUCAAACAAUUUAUUCCAUUGGACAAUCAAUGGAUCUCUAAUUGAAAACAAUGGUAAUGGUGGUGUUAUCCUUCAUCUUCCUUACGUUUGGCAGUACAACGAAAACUUUACUCACACCAUCUCGAUUCAUAAUAAUUCAUUCCGACGAAAUAGUAACUUUGAGUUCACAAUCGAUGGUCACUUUGCCGGUUUCAAUAUGUCCAAAAACAUUUUCAAUGAAAACAAAUGUAAAGAUGGUUUGUUUACAAUCACCGGUAUGGAGAAAGCAAUGUUAAUCGAAGACAAUGAUAUCAUGUUCAAUUCGGGUCGUUAUAUGGUUGAAUUUAAUGUCGAAAGUCAUGCCGAUAUGUUUGGUGUGGUUCAAGCUUAUUUUAGGCGAAAUCGUAUUUUGGAUAAUUCUGAUACCCACCGAAUCAAUGGAAUGGUUCGUGAUCAUCACAAUCCUGCCAGUUAUUCAAUGGCAUUGAGAGGUGUUCAGUAUAUUAAUAUAACUCGUAAUUUGAUCAGAAAUGAUGCGCUUCAAUUUGAAUUUAUUGCUGGUGUUUUAACUGGAUCACUUCAGAAUCGUAUUAAUGUUGUUGAAAAUUGGUGGGGAACAGCAAAUUCUACCAAGAUUAAAGAGAGAAUCUUUGAUUUCGAUGAUUGGAAUAGUUAUGCUAUAGCUAAUUUCAGUCCAUUGUUGACCACCGAAUCAAUCGACGCUGCUCUUGUGAAAAUCGAUUUCAGACAAGAUCUUAUGAAUUUAGAUCAACCUUUUGGUGGGCGAAUCCAUUCACAUUUAAUCUUAAGUAAACGUGAAAAACCUUACGUGAUCAACGCUGAUUUAACUGUACUUCCGGGAGCCAAUUUAACGAUCUUACCUGGAGUAGUGGUUGAGUUUUAUCCUUCAGUUGGAAUCUUAGUUUUAGGUGAUUUAGUUGCAUUUGGAACUCGAGAAGAUUGGAUUACAAUGAGACCUUAUAACUCGGGUGGAUUGAAAGAAGGUACUGAAAUUGAUGUAAUCCGUGACAAGAGAAUGCUACCCAUGAAUUAUAUCUCUGAUGUUUCUGAGGUACGAUUAUGUCACACGGAAGCUUGUGAUGAAUGGUCACUUGGAGGUCGUCACGAUGGUUUCCUUGAGGUUUUUAACCGAACAACAAUGCAAUGGAUUCCAGUUUGUGAUGAACGUUUUUCUGAGCGAAAUGCUCAAGUGGUUUGCUCUUAUUUGGGAUAUUCUCGUCUCAAUGUUCAUCUUCGUCGUGGACCAAGAAUUGACAUGAGUCCAACUUACACUUCACGAGUUCGCCAUUGGCCUUAUCCACUUCAAUGUUCCGGUAAAGAAUCACGAUUAAAUCAAUGUGAGAUGCGACUUAAUGGUUAUACUAAUGAAACUCAAGCCUGUCAUCACGAUGGAAGGUCAUUUGUUUACAUUUACUGUGGUCCUUUCGAAAAGGAGCGAGAAGAUAAAUAUUGGGGUGGAUUAAGAUUCGCAAUCCCUGAUUUUGAAAAACCAACUGAUUCAACUUUCCAGUUACCAACUCGUUCACAUCAUGAACCUCGUUCCCGCCUUCAGUAUGUUGAAAUUCUGGGAGCUGGAAUACUUCAUGGUGAACGAAAUGCAGCCAUUCAAAUUAUCCGAAGAGAUGUUGGCCUAGAAUUUACAACUGUUCGUGGCUCAGCUUACCAUGGAAUCGAAGCUAUUGCUCCAGAGAAACAUUUAAUCUUCCAUAAUCUUGAUCUCACAAAUAAUUUAGGUUCAGGAUUAAAUUAUCUACUACUCAAUGGAGCCUCAACGGAUAUGCCUUUCUUACCUUACAUUCCCCUGAAAGAAUCAACUUUACCUUAUAAUGUGUUCAGUUUCGUUGACAUUUGUGAUACCAACAAGAACCUGGUCAUUGAUCAGCGACUCAUUUUAUACUUUAAGUAUGAUUCCCGUGCAGUUGAUUGUGUGAAAAUCAUUCGUUCAUCAGUGAAAUCAAAAAAAGUGGGCUUCCGCCUUCUUCAGUUCAAUUUAUUCAAUUCAACAACUUACAGUGCUACAACUGAUUUCAUCCGUGUCUAUGAUGGAGAUAUUUUUAAUCAAACAACUAAAUUAAUUGCGGAAAUGGGAGUAAGUGAAGAGCAUCGACGAUUGGCAAGUGAACUUCAUUAUUACCGAUCAACUGAAGAUUCACUCUCGAUUCGUAUUCAUGCUUCGGGUGCUUCAGGAAUUUAUGGAUUUGUCGCUGAAAUAACAACAAGUCCGAUCUCAUAUUUCAUAGGUCGAGGACUUUUCCAUAACAUAACCAAUUCACAAAUUUAUAACAACAGUUUAGGUGGAAUGAUUUAUAAAAGUGUCGGUGAAACCUCACCAUCAGUGUCAAUUUUACGAAGUUCAUUUGAGUCCAAUUGUUUGUCCAUUUUUGGUAAUUUUACCACUUGCCCUUCAGCCAUUUUCUUGCACCUUCAAAAUACACCAAACUUUUAUUUCCAAAAUAAUCUAAUCAAAAACAACGAUGGUGGAUUAAGGAUUAAAGUUAAUGCUCAAAAUGCUGCUGCCGCUUUACAUGCUUACAUAAUGAACAAUUUGUUCAUCGAUAAUCACAAACGGGAAGCUUUGUACAUUCGAGGACCUGAUUCGGGUUCAUAUCAAAUUGUUUUGAUUCGUCGUAAUUACUUUAAUCGUAACUACUCACCUCACAAAAAUACCAUCUACUUGUCUAAGAUAAUAUUUAAUUUCACUGAGAACAUUAUGGUUCGUAAUUAUGGUCGCCAUCAAUUGGCCGUUGUGGGCUUUGACAUCUCUUAUUCCCAUCAAACAAUUUACCAUAAUUGGCUUUACAACAACUAUGCCAGUCACUGGGAGGAAAAAAGUACCAUUUUUGCAACAAAUUCAGGUCAAAGAUAUGAUUACAAUUAUCUAGUUAAUCCUGAAAAUAAUUUUGAAAUCGCAACAAUGAAUCAAUCAUUACCCGAUCUAUCAAAGGCUCUUGUUGAUGCGAGUUACAAUUGGUGGGGUUUUAAUGAAACCUCUGCGGUUGCAGGUCGUAUUCGUGAUGCCAAUGAUUCUCGUGAACUGUUAUCCGUCCGAUUUACUCCUUACCUUACAAGUAAUACCAGUGUUCUAAGUGGUAUAUGUUCAGGAGGAUGGAAAAAGAUUGGUGACACUUGUUUCCUUUAUUUCGGUGCUCGUCUCACCCACAGUGAAGCGAAACACUUUUGUGAACUUCAGAAUUCAACAAUGCCUGUGGUUAAAGCUCAUUUCGAGGAAUUAACUGAAUACCUUUAUGAUACCGAAGAAACAUAUAAUCGUCGUUUCUACCCCGUUUGGGUUCAAUCAUUGGGUUUUCUAGAAAAAGGUUGUACCAUUUUGAUUGAUGGUAAAGUUCAAUCUUAUCGAUGUAACGAGCGAUUACCUUUUCUUUGUGAACGAGCGCCAACAAUUGAUAUCAAUCUAUUCUGGUUGGAUGGAUCUCCUUUCGGGUUAGCAAUAAUAACGAUCUCACUGAUCACUGCAAUUUUGACCUUCCUCUGUUUACUUUGUUGGACAUGUAAAUCAAGGGAACGUCAUAAAGAGAAAUUAGAGCGUCACAAUUCAAUCCGAGCAUCGAUUCGAUCAAAUCGUUCGUUCGCUUCUUCUGGAUCAUUAAGUGAAAUUGCAUAUAAAAGACAAAUCGAAAAGGCCAUUAUUAUGGCCAGAGAAAAUCAAGAAGCCGCUGGAACAACGGGAGUCAUGAGAACGGGCGCAACCAGUGGUAUGGUUGGAGCCAUGGGUGCGAGUUCAUUCAAGGGUAUUUCCAAUCCUAACAAUACUUUAACCAACGAUAGUUAUGAUUCAUUAGCCAAAGAUAAUUCCCAGUUUGUUGAAUCUGACGAUUCUGAAGAAGCUGAAUACAACCAUGUUGGUCAACCAUCGCGUCAAGUUUUCAGAGAACUAGAAGAUAGAUUUUCUAAAGAUCCACAAUUAGAAAACGCAAAUGUCGAUUAUCUUUUACGACCCACCUUCGACUUUACUAUUCAAAAUGAAGGUUUCAAAGAGACACCGUCAAUGUCUCGAGCUUCAGCUGAUCUCUCAAAAGAUUAUCCUUACACAACCGGUGAUUCCUCUCCCGUUAAUACAGUAUCAACUAUGGAUACUAAAAGAACUGAAGAUGAUGAAGAUGAUGAAGAUGAUGAUAGGAGACAUGGAUCAGAUUCAUCAUCACCAUCACUCUCCUAUCCAAGAGAUAGAUCAUCACCUCAUCAUUAUGAAGAGUACAAGGGAGGUAAAUCACCCACUCCCUCUACAAGUAUAACCAAAGGGAUGUACAAUCAUCAUAACAAUCAUCCUCGUCAUCAUAAUCAUCAUUCAUCAUCAUCUCAACAACAACAACAACAACCACAUCAUUCCAAUUCUCAACUAUUACAUCAAUCAUCACCUUACACAUAUCAUCAUCAUCAUGAUUCCACAUCAUCAUUUAAUGGGCACGGACGAAGCGGGACAAUCCCCUCGCUCUCCGAUCGCCCCUACCUAGAGACUUGUCUUGAUAACGAUAAUAAUUACGAUUAUUUUCAAUUUUCAUCAACAAAUCGUUACUCGCCCACUGCCUCUGUAACAACAGCAUCAACCAACCGAAGCCGUCCACCGUUGGAGACAGCAAUGUAAUGAUAAUUUAAUUACCAUAGAAAUGUUAUAAUUAUUAACCAAUUGAUUAUUACAAUUUUAAGAUGAUCACAAUUUAUGGUCACAUAGACAGAAAUUAAUACACAAUCUCUACUUUAAAACCAAUACAAUCAAGAAAGUCAACCAACGCCAUUUUCAAUUAUAAUUACCUACAUACACAUACAUACACACUCCUACACACUGAUCUUGAGGUGUCUUUACAAUUAAAUGAUUUAAUUGUUACUCUUGAUCUGAUCUCUUUCUUGGUCAAUUAAUUUUGUGCCUUCACCUUAAAUCAUCAGUCAUUUUUUUUUGUCACAUCGAGUCAUCAUCAUCACCUUUAAUCACCAUUCAUCAAUUUGCAUCUCAAUUGCUAAUUGCUGCCUAAUUAAUAAUUUAUUAGGUAACCAAUUUUUUCUUGUAAACUAAAUUAUCUAACUUCAUUUACUACAACAAUUUGACUUUCACCCAUUUGCCUGUGAACAAUACAAAUACAAUGAACGAACAAAACAAUUAACCCGAACACUGCAAAUAAUGAUCACAAUUUAAAAUGAUAUAAUCACUAUACGAUUAACCAAAACAAUCAACGAUUUAUAUCAACCUUAAUCCGUCCAAUUACUUAAUUAUAAAGACAUUCCCCUCUCAAUCAAUUGCAUCCAUAAAAUUGUCACAAAGUAUAUAAAUUAACAUGAACAAAAACUACCAAUUGGAUUAAUACAUGUAAUUAAUUAAUUCUCACAAGACAUUCGUCCAACAAUACAAAUCCGUCCCGUUGGCAAAUUGUUUUCUAAUUGUAAAACUGUUUCCUUAAUUACUAUUUGUAAACUCUUUCCUAUUUUCAUUUGCUCUCUUUAAACUUUUUUUUAAUCGAGUUCAAUAUUAAUUAUGUAAAUUAAUUUGUCUUUAAAAACAAAACAAAACAUUAAAAUGAUGAAAAAACAAUCUAAUCCAAAUAA